UGUGAUUCUGGUGCCUCAUUUUCCAAACAGUGUGAUUCUGGUGCCUCAUUUUCCAAACAGUUUGAUUCUGGUGCCUCAUUUUCCAAACAGUGUGAUUCUGGUGCCUCAUUUUCCAAACAGUGUGAUUCUGAUGCCUCAUUUUCCAAACAGUGUGAUUCUGGUGCCUCAUUUUUUACUCUGGAUGAGGAGGAGCAGGAACUAGCCACAACUGUUCUGACCUGUGAAGGGGACUUGGAUGAUCCAGCUUUUCCUUACCGAUUACAUUAUCUAGUGUGUAAAUUGCAGACUCUUAUCUCAGAUGAGGAGAAGCCAUUUCAAGUGACGAAGGUGGAACCGUGGAACAGUGUACGUGUUACAUUUAGUAUCCCACGAGGAGCAGCCCAGAGGCUACGUCAGUUAGCCCAAAGAGGAGAUCAUGUCUUGAGGGAUCUUGGCAUCUUGUCUGUGCAAAUAGAAGGAGACCAGGUAAUCACCCUGACUUUGGCUGGCCGCUACAAUGAGCCACAGGAGUUAACGUUUCAUAAGGGUUCGGAUCCACACAGCUCUCAGUUCACCAGUAGUCCCUCAACUAUUUUUGAUGCCUCCAGCUUGGAGGGUUCUCCUGGGCCAAGCAAUGUUGAAGCCACACGAAAGAACAUUGCACAAUACCUGAGCCAGCAAGGAGGUGUGGGUGUGGAAUCAUCCACGUCUUCUUCACAUGUACCCAUGAGUGGAUCCAUGCCCACUGUGCAAAGUAAUACCCCGUUUGUUAGUGGAAAUGUUGGCUUCAAGUCCCCAAACGUUGUGGCUCCAGCAACGAGCGAGCCUAUUCCCUUUCUUCAGGCAAACAUUUCUGGACCAUGUCGUGUUACCCAUACGAGUCAAAGUCGAACACAGAGCAAUUUUGGUCCGUUUCCUUUUGCUAGUAUGACUCAUGCUAUGACUACAAAGCAUGCUGUGCAUCAACAUGGCCAGGGAAGUGUUUCUCGCUUACCGUUUGGAUCAUCGAGUCUUCAAGGCUCAUCAGUUUCAAAUGUUUCACCUACUGCUUCUGUUGGAUCUCCACAUGCUGGUAUGAGCCCUGUGCAUCAGCAGUCCUCUCCUCAUUCAACCUCUGUAUAUAGUAAUCUUGUUACCCAUGUCUCAACGGUGCUGCCUUCUGCUUCUAGUAGUGCUCGAGCGAAUGUUGCACUCUGUAGCCCACUUCUUGUUAAUCUCUUACAAAAUGAUGGACAACAACAACAACAACACCCUAAUCUGUUAAUGCCACCCCCCGCAGUAUCUGUAAAACAGCCACCAAAAAGAAAGCGUAAGCCACGAAAACCUAAAGAAAAACCUCCCAACAGGGAAGAUUUUGCAGGAGGGGGAGAGAAUAAUGCUGUGGAGUCCUUAUCUUUUUUAAAUUCAUUGUCUCCUUUUGGUGAAAAUAUUGGAGUCACCACAGUUUGCAACCAGCCUGUUCCCUUGACAUCUGCAGGUUUUGAAAACUUAGGUGUACUCAAUAGCACGUCAUUCAGUGUUUCACUGCCAAACAUUCCACUAUCACCACCAGCCCCAACUUUUCCCAAUAUCCAUCCUAAGGCACAAGGUAAUCCUCAAGUACACACCGGAAAUCUUCCUUUCUGUACCCCAGUGGGUUCUCCAUCUGUUACUUCAGCAAUGAAUAGAACAGUGUAUCAGGCCAUUCAGGAUGCAAGUACUGUGCUUCGUGAAACUCCUAAACCACCGGAACCGGUUUCAGUCCAAGAACCCACGUCUCUUCCAUCACCACCCCCUCCUCCUCCUUCUGAUGGUAAAACCAAGCACCUCAUCAAUCCAUUUACUGGUCAGUUAGAACCAAUGCCAAGUGAUGAAGAAGAAGAAGAAGAGUCCAUCGGUUCACUUCCACCAUUUCCGGAGUUUGAAAUGGACAUGUCAGAGAAUGGACAGUCUGAAAGAAGUCCAUCUGAUGAUGGUAAAGACAACAACCCCUCAUCAGAUACAGACUCUGGGAUUAGUAAAUCUCACACAGAUGUGUCACAAUCUCCAGAAUCAGAGACUAUUAUCCAUAGUACAAAACUGACAGUCCGGACAGAUUCUGUGGCUUCCAGUAGUAAUCCAGGAGAAAUGCUCAAACUACGAUUGAAAUUAGAUCCUAAAACUCUGCGUGAAGCCAAAGAGAGUGAAAACAGGGAGAAGAAGGGUAGGUCAGAGAAAGACAGUGGAUAUUCAUCGCAGUCACCCCACAAAAUUGAUGUCUCUUUUGUCAGUAUUCCUUCUUUUAACAAAACAGGGUCAGUGAGUUCCUCUGAACCAAGGGUACCUCCACUCCAUAUAUCGCUGCGUGGACCUAAUGCAGCAGUUGUUAUUAGUCCUAAGAAAGAAGAAAAUAAAGCAAAAGGAAGUAUAGUUACCAAGGAAACCCAUUCCAUUAUCGUGGCAGAUGCUACGAGAUGUGAGGGGUCAACGCUAAAAACGUUUAAUUUACCGAGAAGCGUAACAGGUGUUGAUAUGGGAUUGAGGAAUGAAACGGUGCACAAGAGUGGUGUUACAGUGCCUAGUGUAUGUGUACAAAGUAAUAUAGAACAGAAUGUAUAUGUCAAAUCUGAACCUACAGCUGUACUGCAUUCACAAUCUUGUAAAAUUAGCACAGAAUCAUCUUUGUCUGUGACAAGUUUACCUCCAAUCCUAACAGUGUCUUCUGUCAAAGUUCCAUAUCCUAAUGUGACCACUAGUGUUGACAAGUUUCAGCGAACAGUUGAACAGUUAGCUUUAUCGUGUCAACCAGUUGGUAAUGACACUGAUUUACUCUGUACUCCCUCCAUUACAUCAUCAGAAAACCAAUCAACAACAGCUCAAGCAUCGCUUGUGAAUACACUGCAUAACGGACCUACCGAUUCUUGCAAAAGGCUGGCUCUGACAAAAGAGAGUAUUAUAGCUUAUGAAGAAAUAUCCAAAAGUUCGCCUGCAGGACACUGCACGUACCUACCUCAAUCCAAAGAUAGGAAUUGGGCUUUGUAUACCACCAAAUUAAGUGAAGAUUAUACGCAUUCAGAUAAAGAGCAUUUGUCUCUCAGUCAUGCUGUUUGCAAUCAAUCUCAGCCCGCAGUUUCGCCAGAUGUAAUGGCAAGAAGUUUAGGGUGUGGUGCAUCCUCUUCAGUGGGUGGUGCACAGACAAAAUUGGUCACUCAGCGAGUAAAUAAUACCCAAGAACACCAGAAGACAGUAGUUGUGUCUUUUAAUGAGAGAGAGAAGUGUGAAAAAGAGAGUAAAAUCCAUACAGAUAAAGAGGAGAAAGUGGCUGUUACGAGGCAUGCAUAUCAUGUAUUGAGUACUUCUGGACAGGAAGUUCCCACCUCUUAUUCAUACUUGUCAUCACAAUUGCACAACAUUGCACAGACAUCAAGGGAUUCAGGUGUAAACCAUGUUGAUGCUUUGAACAGAAGAAAUCCAAUAAAUGGGCCACUGCUCAUUUGCCCACUAGAUAACCAGCAAGAUAUUAAAACAGUGGACAACAUUCAGCAGAACAGGUUAUUAAAGCCCUCUCAUCGACACAUUGGUUCUGUUUCAUUGUUAAACAACCAUCAUCGACCUGCCAACUAUCAGGAAAGGUUAGAUGAUAGGUCAUUGGACAUUCAGCACGGCAGUAAAGUUCAAGGUUUAAGAUUUGUUGACGUCAGGAGAAAUUCUCCUCCAGGGGCUAGAGUUCUUGCCCUGGACAGUAGUACAGGAAUAAGCCCACUGUCAAAACUGAUAGAAGUGCCUUCUGUUGGGAGUGUGCCGAAAGCCAGCUCCGUAGGUAGUAAGUUACAGUUUCUAGCAGAAAAGACAGAAUUACCAAUACUUGUACCUUCUCAUGGUGAUAUGCACCAGGGGCUAGACAUCUCUCUUCUGCAGACAAGGGAAAGUGAAACUUAUAUGAAUAACAUGGCUUCUCUAAAAAAUCUAACCAUACCUGUUAACUUUGAUCAGAUACAUUGUCCUUCGUCAUUAUCCACACCAUCUGGACGUUGUCCAUCAUCAUUAUCCACGUCUCUAGCCACAGCAUCUGGGCAUUGUCCUUCAUCAUUAUCCAUGGUGUCUGGGGAAAAUGAGACUUAUCAGCGUGGAUCUUGUAACAGACAGAUGGCCAAACAACGCAAAAGAAUUUGUCUCACUGCUCAAAAUACUGACAAUCUCAAUAAUGGUAAGGAAAAGACUAAAGAAGAAUGUGAUAGUGGAGAAUCCAGCAUGGAUUCCAUUGAUGAAGACACUGCCAAGCACACAACAAAAACUGUUUGCCAGAAAUUAUGUAGCAAUGUUAAUGAUAAGGAAGCAAACAUUAUAAAUGUCCUACCAAAAACACAACUGUUAUCAACUCAGAACAAAGAAAUGGAGAGAAGCACUGGUGAGACAGACAUCUUACCACAACAAGAGAUUCAAACCUGUCACAAUGCAGAGAUUUAUUCAAGCUCUGAAAAAGUUAGAUUACCUAAAGAGUGUUCAACAGAGAGAGACUCAGUGAGUAAUAUUGUGGAUACCACUCUAAAACCAUCAACAAAAGAACCAUCACAAUCUAUUAAAAUACAUAAGCAUCUUAAAAUUGGUGAUGAUAUCUCUUCAUCAGGCAAUCCCAGCACGAGCAUUAGUCCAGUCUCCCAGUCUUCCACUGGCCAACCAGCCAAUCAGCAGUUUAUUCAAGAAAUACCUUCUCCUUCCUUUCCUCAGCACGACCUGGUUAAUUCCCACAAAUCACUUGGUACUGAUUCAACAGUUUUUCCAAAAUUUAUUACAUGCUCUCAGACAACUUCGGUUACUAUCUCUGUUCCAUCUGAAAUCAAUCAGGCUGUUCCCAUUCAAUCUAAUCCACAUCCAACCGUUUCCCAUUCAUUGCACAAUCCAAUUACAGUUGGAAUUGAGCAGACAACUUCUUCAGCCAAACCUAAUCAAGUUACUAAUACAAUCUCUUUACAACCUGUUUCUUCACAACAGUCCAGUGCAGAUACUACAGUUAGUACAGUUGAGACUGGACAAACGGGGACAUACCCAUUGGAUCAGCCAACAUCUAAUCAACUUACCAACACAAUUUCUUCACAGCCUGUUUUCACAUCUUCACAACAGUCCAGUCCAGAUACUACAGUUAGUACAGUUGAGGCUAGACAAAUGGGUAUGUACCCAUUGGCUCAGCCAACAUCUAAUCAAGUUACGGACACCACAAUCUUUUCGCAGCCUGUUUUCAAAGCUUCACAACAGUCCAGUCCAGAUACUACAGUUAGUACAGUUGAGGCUAAAAAAAUGGGUAUGUACCCAUUGGCUCAGCCAACAUCUAAUCAAGUUACCAAUACAAUCUCUUCACAGCCUGUUUUCACAUCUUCACAACAGUCCAGUCCAGAUACUACAGUUAGUACAGUUGAGGCUAGAAAAAUGGGUACACGCCCAUUGGCUCAGACAACAUCUAAUCAAGUUACCAAUACAAUCUCUUCACAGCCUGUUUUCACAUCUUCACAACAGUUCAGUCCAGAUACUACAGUUGUGGCUAGACAAAUGGGUAUGAACCCAUUGGCUCAGCCAACACCUGUUCAGGUUACUGACUCCAAAGUUUCUUCACAGCCUGUUUUCACAGUUUCACAACAGCCCAGCCCAGAUACUACAGUUAGUACAGUUGAGGCUAGACAAACGGGCAUGUACCCAUUGGCUCAGCCAACUCCUAUUCAAGUUACUGACUCCACAGUCUCUUCACAGCCUGUUUGCACAGCUUCAAAACAACCCAGCCCAGAUACUACAGUUAGUACAGUUGAGGCUAGACAAACGGGUACAGAUCCAUUGGCUCAGUCAACACCUAUUCCAGUUACUAACUCCACGGUCUCCUCACAGCCUGUUUUCACCGUCUCCUCACAGCCCAGUCCAGAUGCUACAGUUAGUACAGAUGAAGCUAGACAAAUGGGUAUUUACCCAAUGGCUCAGCCAACAUCUAAUCAAGUUACAGACACCACAGUCUCUUCACAGCCCAUUUUCUCAGCUUCACAACAGCCCAGUCCAGAUGUUACAGUUAGUACAGUUGAGAUUGGACAAACAGGUAUUUACCCAUUGGCUCCGCCAACAUCCAAUCAAGUUACGGACACCACAAUCUCUUCAAAGCCUGUUUUCACAGCUUCACAACAGCCCAGUCCAGAUGCUACAGUUAGUACAGUUGAGGCUGCACAAACGGGUAUUUACCCAUUGGCUCAGCCAACACCUAUUCAAGUUACUGACACAAUCUCUUCACAGCCUGUUUUCACAUCUUCACAACAGCCCAGUUCAGAUGCUACAGUUAGUACAUUUGAGGCUGGAAGAACAGAUACAUACCCGUUGGCUCAGCCAACUUCUAAUUUGCAACUUGUUGCUAGUCAUGUAGUUAAUGCAACAAGUGUCGAACAUUCUGAUAGUCUGGUGCCUUCCAGCUCUUCAGAAAAAAUUGCAUACACAGAGAAAGAAGGUGAAACUUCCAAGCAUUCUGUUAUCACUGAAAUUGUUUCUGUUUCUAUAGGCACAGCAACACAUGCAGUUUUAAAUACUGCAAAUUCUACUUUAAUCACUUCCUCACCUGUUGUAUCAUCAUCUAAGCUUAGCAGUAGUGGGUAUGACACAUCUGGGAAUCGCUUGACAUUGAUAUUUAAAAAUACUCCUACUUCAGUUGGACAGCGAUCUUUGCUGACACCGGCCAAUAGUAUGACUGGAGUCACUGUCCCCUUUAGUUCCUCUAAAACUGUUCCGAUCAAAUUUGUGACUCUUCCAGCAGCAGGAUCUUCUCUUAAGACUGUAAAAUCUUCCAGUCAGCCAGUUUUAGAGCUAAUCAAUCCUCCUCCUGGAUCUCCGAGCACAUCCUGUAUUACUGCCAGCAACUCUUUAUCAACAUCACCAGUCAGAUUAGUGGUCUCGCAUAUAAAACCAUCAGGAUCAGUGUCGCCAUCUCUUUCAUCGUCAGUGGUUAACAAAGUGCUUGUAAAAUCAGUGGUGGUAACUAGUACAUCACCUUCCCUCAAAAUUGUUCCUGUAAGAGGAACCAUCUGCACUUCCAGCAGUUUGGCUUCCAGUUCGCUGCUGGCUGGUUCUUCACUGUUGGAAAGUAAUAAGACUAACACUGGUCACAUGUCUUCAGCGGCGUUGGAAUUGAGCGAAAAAGGUUGUGAAGGGGAAAGAGUUACAGGUCAAAUAAGAUCUAUGAAAGCAGCAGUCUGUGUCGAAACUAAGUCUCUGGAAGACUGUAGUCCUACCAUAUCCUGUGAGAAUAGUCCAAAACAUUUAGAAAAAGAACAAACAGAUUCUGGGGAGGCCAUGUUGGAAUCUACUACAGGAGAAAAAUUGAGUAGUACCAAAAAUACAGGUAACUUAAUUACUUUUACCUCUAGUGGUGGUUUGCAGAGUCCUUGUGAAGUAGAAAUUAAUGUAGAUCAUGUGUCUGCUAGGGAGUCAACAUCUGCAAGAGGUAUUUCAGAGGACCAUUGUUACACAUACAGUCAAUCGAAUCCAACUAGUCAAAACAAGGUUAUAGAAACCAAAGUAUCUGAACUUGUACCAGAAAAAGUUUCGUCAGUUACUGGCACUGAGGGAAGAGACCAUGCUUCACUUGAUCAUUUAUCUACAGACAAACCAGAUGGGAUUCCUGAAUCUGUAUCACUCCUUGAAGAGAGAGAGGAAAAAAGUCAGAUUCCACAAAUAACAGAAUCUGAAGCAGCAGAGAGUGGAAUAAUAGAUGAUCAGACAAAGGAAAAACCUGCAAACUUAGAAGAUAGUUCCAUUGUGGCCGAAAAUAAUUCUUCAUCUGUAAUAAUUUCCACACCCAACAAACUUGAUUCUAAUAUUUUAAUUGGUGAGAUAUCAUCUGAAGCCAGAGAGAAUGGAACGCUUGUGUCUUCAGAAGAUAGUCAACUGACCAGAGAACUUGUCCGUCCAAUUCACAUAUCAUUAACAAGGACAUCACCAGUGCCAACAUCAGACAAAAGUUUGGAAGUAAACUCACUAACACAAACUGAAGAGGAAAAGUCCACUGAAGAAGAAAUUAAAGAGCAAGGUAAAUAUGAGAGAAAUGUGGAGAGAAUAACAGAGACUGAAGAGGAAAAGUCCAUUGAAGAACAAAUAAAAGAAAGUGAUUGUGGCAUAGCUGUUAUCCUUGACGAACCUACAGAAAAUGUUUAUUUAAAGCCAUCAAAGAGAAAAUGUUCAGAAAAUGCUGCUGAGCUUAUUAAAGCUUGUAUGGGACUGGAAGAUUAUCCCAAACGGGUUGCUCCAGAAGACCACAGUUCAACAAGAACACACGAGGAGAAGGAAGAUAAACCAUCUCAGAAACACUGUAGACUUAGACGAGAGGAUACCAGCAAAAAAAUGUUAGAGAAUGAAACUUCUGAAGGUUCGAGUGAGGAUGAGAUGUCACUUCGUGAGUUAGCAAGUCGCUCAAGUGCCCGACAGAAGGUUUUGCCCGAGGAAAAGAAUAUUACAGUGCAUGCCCGCCAACUUCGAGGUUCUCGUCAGUAUCCUAAGGACGUAGAGAAAGAAGAAAGUAACAGUCGAGCAAGUAGGCGACCUUCUUCCAACGAAUCUCGUAAAAGUGAAAGUCGACCCGGCUUUCGUAGAGACAUAAAAAAAUUUGUGAGGAAGAUAAAGCCCCUGGGAAGCGAACCUCUGACCGAAGCAAGCGAUUACCAGUCAUAGGACAAGAAGAACAGUCUCCCACGCGACGUGGAAGCACUCAGCGAAGUGUUCGAGGGAAAGAACGUGAGAACUCUCCUCUAAGGGAGGAAACUACUGAGUUGGCAACAGAAAAAAGGAAAACUAGAGGCAGCACUAUCCUUGAACAAGAAGUGCCCCCUGUGAAGAGGAGGCGAAGUUCCCGGGACAGUCACAGAUAGCCUAUACACGUGUGUAGUUGUAUCUGUCUGAAUGCUAUGCACGGCUCCAUGCCCAAGGAUUGUUGUAGAACACUUCUGCAACCUGGUGCUGUUGUGACCAUGCACAUCCUUCCUGCAGUCGGCAUGUGUAAAGUGUAAAUAUGUUACUCUGUUCAUCACAAUGUAAAGUCCAUCAUCCCCCAGUGUCAAGUCCUUUUAUGUUUAAUUUGGCCUUGUGCCAAAAAAAAUUAUUUUUGUCUUGAAGCAUCAUUUAAAAAUAUGUGAAGUAGUUUAAUGGCGUUUCAUUUGCCAACACCGAAAAAAAAAAAGAAACUUGAAUGCUGGUCUGUUCUAACUAAGGAACCCGAAAAGUGUGUGCAUUUAUUUUUCUUUAAAACUACUGUUUGUAUUUCAGCAUGGACCAAGACACCAGUCAGCUAUGUUAAACACUGUGAAUUGAUAGGCCUAAUGAUGUAGGAUUCUUACAUUUUAGAAGUGAACAAAUUUGGCCAAUGGGCAGUGUGCAUAGCCUCUGAACUGUGUAUAUACUAAAUGUAUAAAUAUAAAUAUAUUAGUAGCUUUUCUUUUCAUCAGAUAUCAUGUGUAUUAUAAAUACCAGGAGCAUUCUCUGUCAGUGGUAAAGUAAACAUGAUUUUUUUUUUCAGAAACAUCGAGUAUAGUUCUUUCAUACAGAAUAAAUGGGUCCUGUAAUCUUAUGAAUAUAUUUGAUCCAUGUUUAACAGCUGUACAGGAUCUAGGUUCUGAAGGCAUUUGAUGGUUUGUUGUAACUUUCAUACCGGUAUUAAAUAACAUAACACAGCAGAGUGUACCAUUUUUUUGAGUUGAACUUUACCUUUUUAAUUACAUUAAAAUCAAAUAGACAAAACUGUGCUGGUGUUUUAUUAUUUUAUUCAGUUACAGAUAGCUUGUAUAACAUAUUAAAUCUGGAUUAAGAAUACUUUAGUUUGUAUAAAUCUAAUCUGGAUGGUCCCAACGAAUUCUGCUUGCAAGACCU